AUGCAGAUAAAUAUUAGAUUUAAUGAUCAGAAUAAACCAAUUAACAUAAACUGUAAAUGCGGAGUUAUACUAGAGCACAUCAGAAAGUGCGCAAAUCUUGAUUCUUCUCUUUUAUUAGACUUAAGUGAUAAAGAUGGAAACGUCAAGCUUCUUCGCCCUAAUCUUACAACAUAUGCAACACAGUUUUUAAGCGUUGGCGAAACAUAUUAUUUAGUCAGUGCAACAGAAGAUCCAAAGCAAUAUACUUAUAAAUUAUUAGCUACGUUAACUCCUGAAGAAGGAACGAUUGAUGUCAAGCCAACUAAACCAGACAAAAAAGAUGUUGCUAAAAAGCCACCACCAAAACCAGCUUCACGCGCUAAAAAACCAGGAAAAUAA